AUGGGUCCAGCGAUACGACUUGCAGAUCUCGCUAAGGAAUUCAACGACAAAAACAAAGACCCAAAUAAAGAAUUUAAAAAGUCUACAAUAGGAGCUCAUCCAAUCGUUGCCGAAUCGAAUAUGAAUAAAUUUCACACACAAUUCAUUAAAGAUUUCUACGAACUUCUCAAUGAUAAUCUUAAUAUAAGACAAUUUCAAAAUAUCAAAGGGGAUGUAGAAAAGAUUGACAAUGCAGUGAAAAGAGCAAAGAAAUGA